CAGCCAUGCUCCCUUCCCGGCCUCUGCUGCACGCUGCACUGUUUGCACUCACAGCCCUUCAGGCCCUUGCCUCCGACACCUUCAUUGCAGCCGUCUACGAACAUGCGGUCAUCCUGCCAGACGCCACUGGCAAGCCCGUUUCUCCUGACGAUGCUUUGGCCCUGAUGAACAAAAACAUGGAUGUCUUGGAAGGGGCCAUCAAGGAAGCCGCCCGGCAGGGUGCCCACAUCAUUGUGACUCCUGAAGACGGCAUUUACGGCUGGCUUUUCACAAGAGAAACCAUCUACCCCUACCUGGAGGAUAUCCCUGAUCCGGUGGUGAACUGGAUUCCCUGCACCGACCCCACAAGAUUUGCUCCAGCACCAGUGCAGGAACGACUCAGCUGCAUGGCCAGGAAUAACUCCAUCUAUGUGGUUGCAAACAUCGGGGACAAGAAGCCGUGUAACUCCAGUGAUCCCAGCUGCCCCAGCGAUGGUCGCUAUCAGUAUAACACUGAUGUCGUCUUUGACCCGGAGGGGAAACUGGUGGCUCGUUACCACAAGUAUAACCUAUUUAGAAGAGAAACUCAGUUUAAUUACCCUAAAGAGCCAGAAGCUGUCACCUUUGAGACCCCCUUUGGGAAGUUUGGCAUCUUCACGUGCUUCGACAUCCUUUUCCGGGAGCCUGCCGUGGUCCUGGUGAGCGAGUUGCAGGUGGACUCCGUGCUCUUCCCAACGGCUUGGAUGAACGUCCUGCCAUUUCUGACUGCGGUUGAGUUUCACUCUGCCUGGGCUAUGGGCAUGGGAGUCAAUUUGCUUUCAGCAAAUACUCACAACAUCAACUUGGCAAUGACAGGGAGCGGUAUUUAUGCACCAGACGGAGCCAGAACAUACUACUACAAUAUGAAAACUGAGGAUGGUCACCUCCUCAUUGCUGAACUAGAUUCACACCCUCGCCUUUCUCCUACCUCCCCGCCUGCUGUCAACUGGAGCUCAUAUGCUUUGAGUGUCGAAAGAUUCUCACCAAAUGACGAUGAUUUCGGAGGACUCAUCUUCCACGACUGGUUCACUUUCACUGAUCUCACUAAGCCCGAGGGGAACCUCACUGUUUGCCAGAAGGACCUCUGCUGUCACUUGAGUUACAAGAUGGCAGGGAAACGAGAAGAUGAAGUUUAUGUGCUAGGUGCUUUUGAUGGGCUUCAUGUUGUUGAAGGACAAUACUAUCUGCAGAUAUGCACGCUGCUCAAGUGCAAGAGUGCAGACCUGAACACGUGCGGGCAGCCGGUGGAGACUGCGCAGACCAAGUUUGAGAUGUUCUCCCUCAGUGGCACGUUUGGCACUAACUACGUCUUUCCAGAAGUCUUGUACAGCGGGGUGCAGCUGGCCCCCGGGGAGUUUGAGGUAUUGAAUGAUGGGCGCUUGAUAAGUAAGACAAGACCAACAAAACCAGUUGUCACUGUGACACUUUUUGGACGGUGGUAUGAAAAGGAUCAUCUGAAACAAGACCCACAAUCACCAGCCUUCCCAUGAUGUUACCAUAACUGAAGCUGUAUGCUAUUAAUCUCAUGUCCAAAUGAGAUACAACAUCCUCUACUACAACAAUUCCAAUUAUGUAUCUUAUUUCCAGUUGCACAAACUUCUUAUCAAUGUGCUUCAUUUAGUAAUAGUGCAGAAAUAUUAU